CCGGGUGAGAGUGGGGUGGGGAGGGCUGUGCGUGCCGCGCGGUCGUCUCUGUCCUACGCAGUGGUUGGGCGGCAUCGUGCAGCGCCAGGCGCCUAUGGCCGCCGCGCAGCGACAGAGGAAGCCUUCUGACUCGAUUUGGAUGAAGGCAAGAAAGAAAAAACCUGUGCCUUCUGCCUGCCAGCAUCAGUGGUCCCUGACUGUCCACAGCAUGUGCAAUGCUCAUCUUCACAACAUCUGACAAAGAGGAACAGUAAGCAGCAAACCUGCAGAACAUCUCUAGAAAGAAAAACAGUCUCAUCUGGAUGAAUGUCUUCAUAGCUCUGAGAGAGGUUGCUGGGUGUUUUUGUUUUUUUUUUUUAAGAUUUCAUCAUAUUUUGCUUUUCUCAGAGCUAUAAAGGACUCACAGAACAAGCAUUCUGAAAGCGAAGCAUAUUAAGCUUGACAGCUCUUGGGCUUCAGUAAUAAACUUUCCAAUGCAAACUACAUUUUCCACUUCAGAACUUUACUUGGUACAGUGAGCUAAUAGUGAGGUAAUUCAUUUUGGUGAUGGCACUUUUUUUUCAACCCAGUCAGUAUGGUUUACAGGCUUUGCUGUGGAAGAGCCGUGUAUUCUGGCCUGCUUCAAGAUGCCAUCAACUGUUUGCUGCUUCUUUUGGCAUCCCUAAAAGGGACAAGGUUAGCUGUUUCAGCUUUAUGACGUCUUCCAGCACUGGUUUAGCAGUGGAUCCUCAAGGGACUGAUUGUCCACCUAAGAAAAGAUCUGAAGUUGAUGAUGAAGAAGAAAAAGGAUGGGAUGAGAACACUCAAGAAAUGCAUGAAGGGAAACUCCGCUUUUCUUCCUCUGGGGGAGCUUUGAAGAAACAAUUAAUGAAUCACACUGUAUCAAGACAUAAGUUUGCCACUGUACAGCCUCCCAAAAGGCCUUUGUGUGCUGAGGAGUGGAGUAGACUGAAGGAAGGUUUUCAGUCCCCUGAAAUGUUUGAAGAAGUGAUGUUUAGCAGUAUGAUCAGAUACAACAGCCCCAUUGACGUGGCUAAGUCCUUGCUCACUCAUGUGGCAAAGAGUAAUGGUGACAUUGGGUAUAAUUUAUUGGUCAAAUAUCUGGCACUGUGUGUCCAACAAGGGAAAACUUCAGAGAUUUGUGAUGUGUACGACAUAUUGAAAAUCAGAUUUAAGAUUUUAGAGAGUGGGGCUUACAACCUUCUUAUGAGAGGACUGAGUAAUUCAGACCAGUGGAGAAUGGCAUUGACUCUUUUGGAAGAAGUUAAAAGGGUUACAGUUCCCUCACGAUCAAACUAUGAAUCCUGCAUCAAAGCAGCUACCCGUCACCAAGAAAUGACCCUUGCUUGUGAACUUUACCAUGAAAUGUUGGCUAAGGAUUUAGUGCCAACCUUGGAUGUCCUGCAGGCCUUUUUUGACCACAGCAGGGGUAUGAAAAAUUCUGCAUUACAAAAAGAGCUGUUUGGUAUCCUCUUAUAUUUGAGAGAUAACCAAGUAUACCCUCACAAAACAUUUAUGCGGAGUAUAAAGCUGUGGUUUGAAAGUAUACCAGGAGAGAACUGGAAAGGACACCUGACCAGUAUUAAAGACAGUGGACAGUGCCCAGUUUGCAACCAUCAGCUGGAAGAUAGUGAGCUCACCGAAGAGGAAUACAGUAAUUUGAGAGAAAGAAUAAUUAGCGAUGUGAUACAUGGGACUGACACUUUCAGAAAGACAAGUCCGCAGGAAUUUGAAGCCUUUCAAACAUUUGUGGAAAAUCGACUUCCGUUUGAUAUCGUCAUUGAUGGACUCAAUAUUUCCCAUAUAAUGCCCAGAAAGGUGCAGUGUGAAAAUCUAUUUGAGGCUGUCAACUGCCUGGCAAAAGACUAUGGCCGUUUACUUGUGCUGGGCCGCAAACACAUGCUGACCAACUCUUUGAACUGGAAAAGAGAAGUUAUGAAAGAAAUGCAGAAUAAGGCAGACUUUUUCUUUGCUGAAAAUAUUUCUGAAGAUGAUGCCUUCUUGUUAUAUGCCACUCUUCGGUCAGGCAAACAUUGCAAGUUUGUUACAAGAGACUUCCUCCGGGAUCACAAAGCUUGUCUUUCUGACAGCGUUACUCGUCAUCUGUUCCGUAAGUGGCAGCGUGGACACCAAAUAGUGUUUUCCCCUUCUGCAGGAGGAAAGCACAUAAAAUUUUUGCCUGCUUGCAGUUAUGACUGUGUGGUACAGACAACGGGUGACACGUGGCAUAUCCCCUAUAAAGAUAUUUUUGAGGAAAAAUAUUCCUAUCAAAUACCAAGAAAAUGGCUUUGCCUUCAGCAGAAAUACAGAACAAUGUAAUUGCACAAGCUGAAGCUUCUCCUGUGAUGUUGUUUUUUGUUUUUGUUUUACUAGGCAGCUGCUGCAAAUUAGGAGGACUCAGCAGUACAAUUAUGGGAUUAAUGUAUGAGGCCUAUGACUAAAGAAAAUUCAGUAACUGCUUUUUGUCAAACUUUUCUUGUUAUAAACCUGUGGACACGAAUGGUAGUCUAGCAAGGAUGAACUAGGUCUGUUAUUUCCAUCUUAACAAGCAAUUUCUGUACCCUCUCUACGUGAUUUGAAUUAACUUGUUUUUCCCUCUGGAAUUUCAGGUGAUGCGUUUAUUGUUUUAAAAAUUUUUAAAUCUUGUUUGUCUGUUUGUUUGCUGAAGCUUUUCAUCUACACUGAAAUUCAUGAACUCUAUUCUUCAGAAAAAUUAGGCAAGGCUUUCAGAGUACCUUCAAAAUUGGCAUGCUGACCUUGUUGGAGUGUUUCAGAACCUAGCAAAAAGAGCUUACUGAGGCAAAUGGCAUGAUUGCCAUUGGUCUGGCACAUGUAGCUCUAAUACUUCCUCACUUUAAUUAGAAUUCAUUUGAUUACAUUCAAUGCAGAAGAUUUGUUGUAACAACGUACAUUAAGAUUUUGUCUGUAAAAAGAACUGGUGAAAUACUGUGUUGUUCUUUCACAGUCUUCAAUUUGCUACUUCUGACAAGAUUUCAUGCCACUGGACUAGUUUUCUUAUGGAAAUGCUUGAAUUUUCUAAACAAAAAUUGGCAGUAACUAGAAAUCCAUUUAGACAACAACAAAACAGCACAUGGAGAUCUACUUAAUACCUUAAUACCUUUUAGUGCAAUAGUACUGUAAAAAACAAACAAAAAAAUCCACAAGAAUUUUAAUGUUUUCCUGGUAUUACUUUAUCAGAUUGAUGGGCUUGUGUUUAAAUCCAGAAAGGCCAAUUCUGGCAAGUCCUCCAAAUGCAACAGAAGUUAGUAUGCCUGCAACCACUGCAAAUGGCACAGGUGCCCCUUGAUAGUCCACGGAGUGAGGGGAAGGGGAAUGAGAUGGAAUGAAUGCUUAGCUUGGCCUUUGGCAAGCCAUGGUUAUGGAGAUGCAUUGGAAAAGUAGACUGGAUGAAAAGUGAACUGAUUGACUCUGUGUUGUAGCUAUUGUGGAACAGUUUCGUCUCCGAGAUCGUCCACUUAAUGUUUAUAAUGUUAAAAAAGAUGUGAGAAUGUCUUUCUCAGAAGCUUUCAGCACACACUUCAAUUCUCAUAUGGCUGAUAAGAGAUGAUGGAUACUACAUGGAAAAUAUUUGAUUACUCUUGUGAAACAAAACCAUACUUUGGAAUUUGAUGAAAUUGCUACAUAGAUGGAGAAAACUUCUAGAAGCUGUAUCCUCGAAGUGUAUGACUUCCACUCUGCCAUGUUGAUGGUAUUGAGCAACUGUUCAAUUUCAGUCUUGGUCUAAGGAAAAUAUUGAGUCUUUGAAUCCAAACACUUAAGGCAAGAAAAUCCUUGACUUUUGUUGCUUUUUGGAAAUUUAAUGAAUUUUUUGAGCAUUC